CUUGAGGCAUAUUGAGCGGCAAAGGCAUGCUGUGAUUCCCAUGACCAGUGUGCACCCUUGUUGCUCCUUAUUGCGCCUUACCUAUUGCUCCUUGGUGCAUUCUUGAGCGCAGGUCUCACAAAAGUGGGUGCCGCGAGCUCGACGGCGUUUGAGGGUUCAGUAGUACUUCGUAGUUGACAGGCCAAUGCACUCUGCGUCCUCUCAGCGUCCACAGCCAACUCGAGAGCGGUCAAGUCGCCAGUCGUGACAGCAGCCGAGAGCGGCAGAGCCCUGUACGCACUUUGCGGCCUUGGACUGUUUAUUACGCACUGCGUUUGCCCACAGAGACAUGCUGUGGUUUCUGUCGCCGCGCCAUUCGACUCCCGCAAAUCCCCGCAGCGGUGGCCGCGACUGAACAUGGCGACGUCGACGCGCCCGCAUCGGUCCUCGACGGCGGCCUCGAGGGUGCCGCCCACGAACAAUCAGAUUGUCGAGCUGCGAGGCCUGGCCGACGACCUCCUCCGCGCCGCCGAGCCGUCACCGCCGACGGCAGACAGGCUGCAGGGCCAGAGCCACAUCCUCCGCCUCAUGCGCCAGCUGCUGAUAGACUCGAGCGCCCAGACACACACCAAGGACGCCUUCCGCCAUGUUCGCGGUUUCGAGGGGCUCCUUACCACGCUGCGCUCUCUCGCCGGCUUCUACAGACCCGUCGCCCGACCGUCGCCCGACCGCAUUGACUUCUUCGAGGUGAUCAAGGCCGCCCUGGACGUGCUGUCGGACGCCCUGAACGAGCACGCUGGCAACCGACGCUUCUUUUCGAAGCGCGUGGAGGAUGGCGGCUGGAAUGCAUUGGAGCAGGCGCUGGGCAGCACAGGCAUACUGGGCGGGCAGUCAGACCCUAAGCACGAUGAUGCCGGCCAGGAGCAGCUGUUCGGCAAUCUCUUUGCCUUUGCACUGGGCGAGGAGGCCAUGACACGCAUGUUCCGGGACAUCAACAAGAAACUGGAGGCGGGCACGCCAGCCACGCAGCAGGGGAAAGCCCUAGCAGACAGCGGCGACUCCCAGCCAACAGACGUUGCUGUUACGAGCCCGCGAUCAGUCUACGGCGAGUCCGGCGUCGACUUCGACCCAUUGCGCACCCACCUGCGGAAGCUCUUCAGCGGCAACGAGGUGCUGCAGAACCCGGACAUCAUGCCCGCCAUCUUCCACUUCUGGCGGGGCCUGUCUGGCGAAGAUGCACCUGGCGGCGAGUCGAAGCCGUUGUCAGUGGCUGUCUUGCUCGCCGUGCUCGAGAUCACCAAGUUGUCGUCCUACAACAAAGCUGCGCUUCACAUCACCGGCGUUCUCAGCUUCGUCUUGCCUUUGCUCUUCGAGAACAAGUGCGCUCCCACUGAGGCCGGCCUCCUCCAAGAGCUUGCCGACAGCCUCGUUGAGUACGGCAUCAACAGGCUCGACGACGCUUACUACCUCUUCCGCCAAGCCGCCUCGUCAGAACAAGCCGCCGAAUUUCUGCACCGAGGCAUGCAGACAUCGAGAGCUCCUCACUUCAUCCAGUUCGACCUCUCCCUGCACGGCUUCAGCGCCAUCGAGUUGCCCGAUCUCGGCCGACCCUUCCCGCCGGUCUCCCAAGGCGGCGGCUACACAUUCGCGACGUGGAUGCGGGUGGAUAAGUACGAUCCCAACUGCCACACUACUCUCUUUGGCGCAUACGACGAUACUCAGACCUGCUUUCUCAUGGCAUACCUAGAAAAGGACACCCGCUGCUUCAUACUACAAACAUACAUGGGCCAUGCGUCUGGCGUUGUGCCUAGUGUGCGCUUCAAGAAGGCGCCACGCUUCGAAGAGGGCCGAUGGUAUCACAUCGCCGUUGUGCACCGACGAGCGAAGGGCAUGGGUAUGGGCAGCCACAAGGCCUCCAUCUUUGUCGAUGGCGAGUUCACAGAGACGACCAAGGCACACUACCCCUCGCAUCCACCGGUGCUGGAUAGCAGCCAAGACAGCUUCGCCUCCAUGACCUCGAGCACCUCCAAACACCACAUAUUGGCUUUCUUGGGCACGCCACGCAAUCUUGCUCCUCGACUUGGCAGGAACGUUUUGACAUCGAAGAUGUCUAUGGCAUCAUUCCACCUCUUUUCAGAACCAUUGUCAGACGAACUGAUUGCUGUUUACCACAAGCUAGGUCCCAGGUACAGCGGCAACUUUCAAGACAGGCUAGGCUCCUUCCAAACGUACCGCACCUCGGCAGAGCUGCAUGUGCACAACGAGAUCUUGCAUCCUGGAAGAGAAGAGCGCUCAGACAUCGUGACCGCGAUUCGAUCGAACGCAGGCUACCUCAUGCCCGAGGCGAAGAUCCUACUCAGCUUCUCGCCCAGCUCAGUAAUGGACGAUGAUGAUAGGAAUGCCAUUGAUGAAUCACAAUUGAUCAGGUCUCUUUCCCGAGACUCUGCCAGGUCUCUACACAAGUAUACGAGGGCUCAUAGCACGCCCAUCAUCAUCAACGCUGCCGUCCCAUCAAUAAACGAUGCUCUAUCGCUGGCACGCGGAUUCGGUAGGCUAUCAGGUGACCCCGUUGUUGUAGUACCACAAUCGCUCGACGAUGCCAUCUGGCGCAUUGGAGGAUGUGCCGCUGUUGGUCUGAAGCUUGUGCAUGCCGCGCAAUCGCUGAAAAGCGUGCUGCGUGCCGUGCGAAUUCUCUUGGAGGCCGUUGAAGGCAACUGGAGAAAUUGCGAAGCCAUGGAGCAAAGCAAUGGUUUCGCAAUACUUGCUGAGGUACUGCGUCAGAAGAUUGGCUUUGCCAUGGGCGGCCUAGUUAUGCGGAAUGCAUCGUCAAUUGAUGUAACUCCGGAGCAGUGCGAGGAAUUCGUCGCGCAACUGCUUUCGGUCAUACUACAUUUCGUGGGUUACGACGAGCGCCAUCCGGAAGACUCGCUCAUCAUCAACCCGCUUGCUUACCGAGUGCUUCUUGUGGAUCUCGAGAUCUGGCGCAGAGCGACAUCGUUGGAUACACAGAGGAAGUAUUACACGCAGUUCAUACACUUUGCGAAGGGCAGCAAGCAUCAUCAUUAUAAUGCCAAACGUUUUCACAGAAUCAGAGUCGUCAAGCGCUUGACAGACGCUCUGAAGGGUGAGAGUUUCACGCCUCAGACAUUUCCACUCUUCCUUGAAUCUUUCAAAGCACUCUUGCAUAUCAAUUUCAACGGUGAGAAUGCUCGAUCGCUGUCCUUGUUUGUCACCUAUGCCCUGCACGACAGCCGCGCAUCAUAUGCUAAGCGAGCACUGCGACCACAAGCAAGCACCCUACGCCUUCGCAGAGGGACUCCACCAAACUUGACACCCGCAUUCACACCUCGAUCGUCGAGCCCGUCGUCGAUUACACCAGAGUCUUCGCCGCUCUCCCUGCCGGACCUAGGAAUAGCUAUACUGAGGCUACUAUCUGAGUUUUUGUGCGAUGCUCACAGCCCGCAUGAGAUUGUUCGGUUUGCCAAGAAUGUCACGGGAAAGUGGCUUCUGUACCUAUUGGCAGAGACUGACCAACGUGUCGUCGUACUCGGUGCGAGGAUACUGGCGCGCCUACUCGUCACGAACGGACCACCGUACGUCAAGAAGUUUGGGGACAAGACAGGAGGCUUUACCAUCCUGAAAAAUCGAUUACGCCACUGGUGGAACACCCCUGGAAUCUGGACCAUUUGCUUCGCUAUCCUAUUCGACCGCGAUGUGGCAACCAUCGAUUUCGAGCGCGACUUUGAUGUCUUCAACCUAGUCGACAUUUUCAUGACACAUUCACCGCAAUCAAAGCUGCGAAUAGCCUAUCCUGAGAUCUUCCCGGUCAUUACAGCCAUGCUUGAUACUGGAUUACGCGCUAUUGUACGAGACCGCGAGACCGGCAACACAGAGCGUCCGAAGGACGGCGAUACUGAAGGCACGCCAUCCAGAGGACGCCGUAGAACGAUGUCCCUUAAUGCAAAGCAGCCUACGGUUGACACUAGAGCACCGCAGUCGGAGCGUCUCAGCAACUAUGCAGUAGUACUGAACUCAGCGAUUCAGUUCUUAUCAGAGCUGCAUGCAAGGUCUCAGGUCUUCCGUGACUAUGCGAAUACGUCAAACUAUGUCCAGGAGCUGCUCUUCGUUCUUUACCCAGUCAUUGUCACGUCAGACAGCGUCAGCGCGGAGACGGAGUUGUUGUCAAGAGGCUCGGCUCUUACGUUCGAAGGUCAGGACGUUGUCAUCCAGCCAGUAUCAGGUGCUAGCAGCCAGCAAACCCCUAUCAUACGUACUAACAAUGCCGCCGCCGCACCCUCGCCUGGCACUCAACGAGUCAUUCCGUUCCGAAGAGCAUCGUCUUUCGUUCUGAUCUCAGCCGACAAGUCGAAGAAGGCUGCAAAGCAUCCACCACUAAAUCCUAUCAUGUCGCCUCGAAACACAGCUCCUAUGGCCAUGAAAGUAGGCAGCUCGGUGGUGGAAGCCAUGCUUGAGGUCGUCUUGGAUGUCUUCAAGGAGCAGCUCUUCACUCGAAAGGACUUUCCCGGGCUUGGCUUGUUCAUGAAGACCCCGCCAGGCUUCCAGGAGCACCAGGCCUACUUUGAGUCGUAUAUACUCCGCCAAAUCCUGACAUCCGUCAAGAACGCGCUACAGCUGGAUCAGAACCUCUUGCACGAGCCUAGAGUUCUCAUCAACCUGUCGCGCUUUGUCAGCCACAUCUCUGAAGCUGUCUUCGAAGGUUGGUUCCUACAGGGAGCAGAGCCGCUGCUUGACUUCACUGGCUUUCUGCUCGAGUACCUUGAGAGACCAGACAUUUCGGCGAUCAAAUCAGUGCGGUUGUGCACACAAGCCAUCCAGACUAUGAGAGCGACGUUUCUCAAAGUCGCGUUGCUGCAGCUUGCUGAGCCUGACGACUCCGAAGAUGGGUUCACGACCACAUCGAUCAUUGAGAAGAUGGUGUACUGGCAGCCAAUCAUUAUGUCUUCUGCAAACACCGAUACCUUUUCCCUGAAGAUGAUUUGUUAUCUGUUCUUUACAAAGCUUUUCUCUCACUACGAGCUGGUGCGUUUGGCUGCAGCAAACUUCUGGCGGCUGUUGCUUGUGCAGAAGCCCCAUGAGACCUCCAGCAUUCUAGGUAACGCUAUACAAUCAGACAAGAAGAACUUGUUUGAAGGCUUCCUGAAGCUUGCGGAGCUGGAUAACGAGACGUUCUUGCAGUGGUUUGAUGAGCAUAAGACAGAGCUCGAUACGUUAUUCUACGGCUCGUUGACCAGGACAUGGGAAGAGUUCGCACACGAGCAGAACAAACGCACCGAGGAGACCUCAACAAAACGCAUUGGCAAGCGGAAAGAGAAGCUGAAGCAAUGGCAGGCUGAAGAGCUGACGAGUGAGAGCAUCUGGAACCACCACGAGAAUUCGACAGGUCAUUGGAGGUCCAACAUCCACGCUUCAGAACGCAUCAAACACCAACGAGUACUGCAAGACCAGCAAGACAAUGCUACUUACCUGCAGACGGUCCUUGCAAAGCUCGAUCAUCAGCUCAAAGGACCUUGCGCGUUGUUCGACAACAGCCCACCCGCCAAGUGGCGUCUUGAUGAGACCGAAGGCCGCGAUCGAAGGCGUAUGCGCAUCAUCCUUGACAACACAAAUCGCGAUCAGCAGUACCAGCCGAAACGCAAAGAUACGGAUACAUUGGGAAGACUCAAGCUCGACACCAACGUUGCGCCAAUCACAGCAAAGGAUGCCUUGGGGGUAACACCCAUUGGCCGGCGGUCCGGCACACCCUCCACGAUGACAAAGGAAGAAUCGCAGCAGGAGGAUGGCUCAGGCAGUGAAGAAGACUUCGAGAUGGUCGAUGCCCUAUACGAAGACGAAGAUGGCUUCGAGGAUAAGAAUCGCAAGGUCAUGCGCAGUCUCAAUCGUGGCGACCAAGUGCAGUACGUCUGCAACAUCUCGCGCGUCGUCGGCCUCGAAGCCAUCGAAGGACUGCUCAUUGUGGGCAAAGACUGUCUGUAUCUACUUGAUGACUUCUUCCAGAGGUCAGAUGGUGAGAUCGUACGAGUGUGGCAGGCGCCGCCAGACGAGCGCGACCCCUACGUGCAAGUCAUCGCGGGCAAAGAGGCAGUCACGAACCGACGUCCGCCGCCAAGAACCCAAGAGGAGUCAGCACGACACUGGAAGUGGAGCGAGGUCAUCAGCAUCUCCAAGCGCCGCUUCUUGCACCGCGAUGUUGCGAUCGAGGUCUUCUUCGACGAUGGACGCAGCUACCUACUUACUGCGAUCUCUGCACAAGCACGCAAUGACAUACAUGGACGAGUCCUGCAGCGCGCGUCACACGUCGUCAACCCAGAGAAGCUCGCCAAUUCUGAGAUCGUCUGGCGUCUCGACUCCUUGCGCAACGUCGAAGAAGCUCCACAGACUUUAGGCUCACGAUUCGCUUCUGCUUUCAGCUCGGUUACAUCGCACCCAGCAACCAAGAAGUGGCUCAAAGGCGAGGUGUCGAACUUCCACUACCUGAUGUUCGUCAACACACUGGCUGGGCGCACGUUCAACGACUUGACGCAGUAUCCUGUGUUCCCUUGGGUCAUCUCAAACUACGAAAGCGAAGAGCUGGAUCUGACUGACCCUCGCAACUUUCGCGAUCUCAGCAAGCCAAUCGGGAUCCAGCACCCGAGGCAGGAGCAGUCCAUACGUGAGCGAUUUAGCUCUUUCGCUGAGAUGGGCGACCCGGAUCACGCCUUCCACUUUGGCACGCACUACUCAUCAGCUAUGACUGUCGCCUCUUACCUCAUGCGCUUGCAGCCAUACAGCGCGGCCUUCUUUCUGAUUCAAGGCGGUACAUGGGAUCAUGCUGAUCGUAUGUUCUAUUCGAUCCAAAAUGCUUGGGAGUCAGCAUCCAAUAAGAACAUGGCAGAUGUUCGUGAACUGACACCCGAGUUCUUCUUCCUGCCUGACUUCCUCACCAAUGUCAACGGCUACAACUUUGGUCUGCGAUCUGAUGAAUCGAGCAUCGACAAUGUGCAGCUGCCUCCAUGGGCAAAGGGCGACCCAGCCAUCUUCAUCGCCAAGCAGCGCGAGGCUCUUGAGUCGCCCCAUGUCAGCGCAAACCUUCAUCACUGGAUUGACCUGAUCUUUGGGCACAAGCAGCGUGGUGAAGCUGCUGUCGAGGCGGCCAACGUUUUCCACUGGAUGACAUACCAGGGUGCAAUUGACUUGGAUUCCAUCACAGAUGAGAAGGAACGUGCUCAGAAGAUCAGCGUCAUCAAUAAUUUCGGCCAAACACCCACACAGGUGUUCCAGCGACCACAUCCGUCGAGAGAAAAUGUCACAAAAGCGACGAAGCUCGAUACUGCCGCUGAAAGUCUACACCGCGUGCCGGGUACGCUUCUUGAUGCACAAGACCGUAUCUCUUCCCUGAACUAUAUCGCGAAGAGCGACAAACUCCUUUGCUCUGCACCGUUCAGACACAACUUGCCACCCCAUUACAACGUAUACAUGGAAUGGGGCUUCACUGAUGGUUCUGUACGCUUCUACGACUCGCACUCGAAACGUCUUCUCGGGCUAUUCGAGCACCUGCACUCCGGCCAGCUUACCACUUCACUUUUCGUCGAUGGUCGCACGCUCAUUACAGCAGGUACUGAUUGCACGCUGGCUGUCUGGAACAUCAUUCGAGCCGAGAAAGGCCACAUCGAGCUUCAGCACCUGACCAGUUUGUUCGGGCACAAGUCACCUGUCAUUAGCCUCGCUGCCAGUCGUGGCUUCUCAGCCUUCCUGAGCGCAGACCAGGAUGGGAAAGUCUCCAUGUGGGACCUCAACCGCAAUGAGUUCGUGCGUGAACUAGACCUGGGGCCACGACAGAGGAGGGCUCGAACGCCCGUGCAAGCUGCGCGCAUCAACAGCGCCACAGGGCAUAUCAUACUUGCAAUUGGGCAGCGACUCAUCGUCACGACCUUAAACGGCACAGUGCUCUUCGAUGAGGAUGUAUGCGAUGGCGAUGACGACACCGAAGGUAUCACGUCUAUCGCUGUGUACGAAGGCGUUGGCAACGAGUGGUGCGAGCGUGAGCUCAUCUUCACCGGGCACCGUCGCGGCAUUGUCAAGAUCUUCCACCUCACACCGAACCCCAAAAUACCCUUUGCCGCUACGAAUCCCUCAUCCGCCGCGCACACAACCCCCAACCGAUCGUCAUCCACAUGGUCGAUCGAUCUCGUGAACGUGCUGGCUCAUGGGGAUCCAAUGAUUGAGCGCACCGCAGCGCCAAUAACGUGCAUAUUGCCGUUGGAGAGGAGCGUGUACACCGGUGAUGAAGAUGGGCGAGUUUAUGAGUGGGAUUGCGUGCAACGACAUCACUAGUAGCCCAAGAAAAGCAUGUUUCGGAGUUUUGGCGUAGCAUUGAUGCCUACUUUUCGACUUUCAACGAGCCUGACGGGAUGCAUGGAUGUACAUACCAAAGCAAAGCGAUCACAGUGUACAUUGCACGAAUCUGCAAAAUUUGCCAUGUGAGAUGUAAGCCUAGUUCCAUAUUCAGGUAUCGCGGCUGACAAAAUCGGCCCUGCUACUUAUGUCCAGUAGGAAUGGCCCUUUGCUCUCGGCUGGGUUCUGCAUGCACACCCUGCCCGCGAAGUCUCAUUGUGACAUAUGAAGCGGUGCUCAUAAACCACCUCCGCACAUUAUUUGUCACUUUACCUUGUACACAUUCAGCAGCGCU